AUGAUUCGCAGACAGACCCGCCUCCGCCGUGAAUACCUCUACAAAAAGUCGCUCGAGGGCAAGGAUAGACAAAUCUUUGAGCGCAAGCAGGCUGUCAAGGAGGCCAUUGCCUCGGGAAAACCUGUCGCCAAUGAACUGAAGAACGAGGGCGCUCAGUUCACAAAGGAUCUUCAGUACGACGAGGCUCAGGAGGCCCCUACUACUCACAUUGAUGAUGAAUAUGCCCGCGCUGGAGUGUACGACCCUAAGGUCUUGCUCACAACCUCCCGUGACCCCAGCAGUCGUCUUCAACAGUUUGCCAAGGAGAUGCGCCUUGUUUUCCCCAACUCUCAGCGUAUCAACCGUGGAGGACACGUCAUGAAGGAGAUUGUCGACGCCUGCAAAGCUAACGAUGUUACAGACUUGAUCAUUUUGCACGAGCACCGUGGUGAACCAGACGGCAUGAUUAUUUCUCACUUCCCUCACGGACCAACAGCAUUUUUCACACUCAACAACGUGGUUUUGCGUCACGACAUUAAGGAUCACGGCACCGUCUCGGAAGCAUUCCCCCACCUCAUCCUCAAUAACUUCACCUCCAAACUCGGACAACGUACCGCCGACAUUCUGAAAUACCUCUUCCCCGUCCCCAAGGAAGACAGCAAACGCGUCAUGACCUUUUCCAACGACAAUGAUUUCAUCUCCUUCAGACACCAUGUCUUCAUCAAGACGAGUCAUAAGGACGUUCAGCUCGCCGAGGUCGGCCCUCGUUUCGAAAUGAAGCUCUUCCAGAUCAAGUCGGGAACAGUGGAUUUGACAGACGCCGACACGGAAUGGGUGUUGCGCCCCUACCAGAACACCGCCAAGAAGCGAACUCAGUUGUAA